UGCGUUCCGCCCUGCGCUGCUCUCACAACACUGCAAUGUGCAGCAAGACCUCAGACUGAGCAAAGUGAGCCACACACAGGACAUCUGCGCCAUGCACAGGCAACAACCCCCUCUGAAAUUUUGUAACUAGAGACAUCUCAACCACCUCUUUAUUAGCUGCUCCCAUCAUGGUGUAUGGACAAAUCCUUCGACCAUACGGCCCUGACGAUCGCUGCAUCACCGUCAACGUCGGUGGUUUCAGGCAACAGAUGGAGCACAACGUUCUAAAACGAUUCCCACAGACUCGUCUGGGUCGCCUCCUCUGCUGCAGCUCCAGCGAAGCGAUCCUGGAGCUCUGCGACGACUUCAGUCCCUCUGAGAUGGAGUACUACUUUGACCGGAAUCCCCGAUUCUUCUGCUACGUUCUCAACUUUUACCUCACUGGGAAAAUGCACUUGGUGGACGGACUGUGCAUAGUCUCGUUUUUUCAAGAGAUCGAGUAUUGGGGCAUCAAGGAGCGUCACUUGGACACCUGCUGCACAAACAAAUUCUAUGAACUGAUGGAGCAGGCUGAGGAUAAGAGCUGGGAUCAGGGGAGUAAUGAUGUGCAGUUCCAAGGCUCAGACUUAUCCAUCGAUUCAUUGUCGGCGUCAGAGGACGACAUGGAACUGUUCGAGGGUUCCUGGUGUGCAGAUGUUCGCAGGAAUAUUUGGAUCCGGCUCGAGAAUCCGGGUUACUCUACUUCAGCCAAAGUGUUGGCUGUAGCUUCCCUAAGUGUUGUCAUCGUCUCUAUUGUUGCCAUGUGUGUCCACAGUAUGCCAGACCCCGAUAAAAUGGAUCCCAACGAGAAGAAGAUUGAGAACCCGGUGUUGACCUUCUUUGAGACCCUCUGUGUUCUCUACUUCUCGGCAGAGUUUGUUCUUCGUUUAGCUGUAGCACCAUCCGCUAGGAAGUUCCUGUGCAACACUCUCAAUAUCAUCGACUUGAUGUCAGUCAUGCCCUUCUACGUCACCUUAGCCUGUGACGCAAUGGAUGAAGGUGAGAACAACGAACUGGAGAAUGUGGGCAAAGUGGUUCAGAUCUUGAGGUUGAUGCGAGUGUUUCGCAUCCUGAAACUGGCUCGGCACUCGGCGGGUCUUCGCUCUCUCGGUGCAACGCUGCGACACAGCUCCAACGAACUCGGACAGCUGCUGCUCUUCCUGUCUGUUGGCAUUUCCACGUUUUCUGUUCUUAUUUACUUUGUGGAGAGAGAAUCUCAGGAGUCAGAGCUGCAGUCUAUCCCCAUUGGCUGGUGGUGGGCUACCAUUAGCAUGACUACGGUGGGCUACGGGGACACCUUUCCUGUCACGCUUGCAGGGAAGAUCAUAGGAUCCCUGUGCAUCGUCUGCGGGCUGCUGAUUGUGGCUUUGCCCAUUACUAACAUCUUCAACAAGUUCUCCAAGUAUUACCAGAGGCAGAAGCACAUAGAGCACAGACAGAGCAUGAACUGAAUUAUCUUCAUGAGGUACAGGAGUUUCAAAACUAUUAACAAACCCUAAAAUCGUGAGGUGUUUUAGAAGAAGAACCCCUUACCCAACACAUGAGCAGGGUCAAUGGAUUAGCUGCACCUACGGUAUUGUUUUAAAUGUGACUAAAAUCAAGGCGGGCUGAGUAAUCAAAGUCAAGCAAGUCCCUUUUUCCUUUUAUUAUAUUGAGAAAUGUUUGCCAAUGCUAAACAUGUAGCUUACCUGAUCUUAAUUGUAUUGAACCUUAACAAAGACGAGAGGGAAAAAGGGAAGUGUUUGCUUGCCAAACACUAAAAGACUUUUUCAACAGAUUUCCUUGUUGCUGAUGAAUUUUAAUGACGGAGUAAAAUCAUGAAAAACUUGCUGGAAUUUGGUUGAACAAUUACAAGUUUGUGCUGACUGCGAAGAUGACUCUGCAUUCUGUGAUUUGUAAUGUCCUCUUUCUGAUCUCAUUUCCAUUCCUACCAUGCCGUUACAUCAUGUUUCCAUACAUUGCAUCUCUUUCUCGUGUCGCUGCUGUAUUUGAUGUUAAAAGGCCUUUACCUGCUCAAUCCAAUGGAAAGGAUUCUAUCUGUUUUGUUUGGUCAUCAGUGUCAUGAUUAAUAAAUCAAUGUGCCCGGCUCAACAAUUAGUUAAAAGUUAAUAAAAACCCUCACAAAGAGCUGAAUUCACAAUUCAUCUCCAGAUGAGUAUCGAGUGUUUUUAAUGAUCCGUGCAAACGUUACAUUUCACAUUAGUGUGGAUACAAUGUGUGUACAACUUUUUGAAGGUGCUGUGGGUUGAUGCUUUCAUUUGUGCCACAGUUUCUUUUAUCAACACCAACACCGGUGUUUUAUCUCUUAUCUGUUCCUCAGAUAAGAAUGUGCCAAUCGAUCAUCGAACAUCCGAGAUGCCCUCCAAAAGACGCCAAUACUACAACAUCUUCCAUUCUCGAUUCAACCUGUUUACUACAAUAUCGCCUCGACAGUAACUGCCUGAUGAGGUGGUGGUCUUUUACAUAGAUUAUUCUCUCUGUGACAUGCAGCCGGAAUCUGUCAGGGAAUUGUUAAGCACCUCUUGUCCUCAGCCCUGCAACAAACGUCCACGUCAGCAGUCAGGGGUUUGGUCACCCUCUACGCUCGGGUCGCUCCUCCACGCGUCCGGCCCUUUACACUCAAAGUCACACAGCACUCUGAUUGAGUUCAUUACUUCACUCUUCAUAGAGAAACUCCCUGUCAGCAAUAUCUGUCAGAACUGAAGGACAGCCAGAAUGUUUUUUUUUUAAUAUUACAUUAACACAGAGAUAGAGACUGUGAUUUUACUCUAAUUUUUAACAGAGGGUGACUAAAAGAUUAAUAAGAUGCACCAGAAACAAAGCGAGCAAAGGAAACACCUCACAUGCAAAUAAGGCCACAUUUUACAACCAUUUUGACCGCGAUUUAAAAGCAAUUAUUGUUGAAUUUUUUUGAAAAACUUCAAUCUUUUUCCCUCCCUCUGCUCCCUCAAUUUUUACUCUCUGAUGGAUCUCAUCGGAAAGGGAUCAUUUGAUAAUUAUUUUAGACAUAUGAUGAUUUGAAAAGAAAAAAUGAUGCACACUGCUCUUGCUAAGUAUCACCAAUUUAUUAGAAAAAUCACAAUGUUUCGGUCCCUCUGAACUUUUAUCAAGUGAGUUACAUGAUGAUUAAAAACACAGUAAGGUUAAGAAAGCAAUGUUCUAAAUGAUAAUUCAAUAGUUUAUUUGUAGAUACACUAUGUCUGAUUUGGUGCCUUUUCGUACAUUUUCCAAAUAUGCUCCUACACUUGAUUUAACAACAGCAGCAACCUGCAGCACGGUUGUAUAUCGUGCUGUUUUUACACAUGCACAAGGCUUCUGAUACCCCCAGACUUUUUCAUGCCUGCACCCUAGAGAAAUCUAGUGUGAAGUCGGGGUUGAGCCGAUGUGUGAACAGUAAUAUUCAGUAAAAGUCAUUACAUGCAAGCAGGCCAAUCGUCAUGCAUGUUUGUUCAUACUCUUUUCUUCUCUGCACUUGAUUGUUGAUAAGGGAAAACUUCCUGUUGUGAGGGACAUGCGAGAAAGAGCAACUCAGGAAGAUUUCAGGGGCAGGCUGACCUGAAAUCUUAAUUCAAUCAAUCAGUUUUAUUUUUUAUAGCGCCAAUUUAUAACAAAUGUUAUCUCGAGACACUUUACAAAAAGCAGGUAAAAGACCUAACUCUUUUAUAUGAUGAACAACCAACAUCUACAAAAGAAUUACCUCUGAUGGUCACUUUCCUAUAAACCUCUUCCAUCAGUGUGUGAAUGUGUAGGUGUGACAUGGGGUGUAAACUUUGAGUAGUCAGAAGACUAGAAAAGCACUUUACAAGCUCAAGUCCAUUUACCAUUUACCUCCCUGAAAUGUAAAGAAAGCCACUCUCAGCCAAAACACGUCCUUCCUCUGGUAAGGCAAAAUUGCGAACUAUAGUUUGAGAUUUUAGAGUAUAGCACCUGGAGUGUCCAAUCAGAUUUCAAUGAGGGGCCCAGACUGCCCCCCGCGCCCCUUCUAUCAUGUCCCCCCACAGUUUGAGAACCACUGCUUUAACUAGAAGAUCAGAAUCUGAUCAGGAAUCAUUCUCCAGCCAACUGACCGCCCACUUAGUAACACAUUAUUAGUUCUGUUUCAUCUGCAGCCUUGGGCUCCUUAUUUUCUGAAAGUAAUAAAAGCUUAACAAACAUCUUUAUCCGUCUCUCUAUCAAACGUGGUACUAAAAUAUUCAGUGUUUGGUUUUCUGAAAGUAGGAGGUUAAAUGCAUCCAAGAGCACUUUUCACAGCUUCCUCUUGAACACUUUGUGGUUUCUUCCUUCAGCUCCACAGUAACAACAUGAGCUACACAUCUUUAUACCUCCAUGUUUAAUAUUUAUUAGCCCUGCUUGUUAGCCUUUUAUUGCUUUGCUAGUUUCACUGAGGCUUACAAAGCUGAAAUCAAUUUCCCUUUAAUUACCCUUGUGAAGGUUAUCAGCUGUUGUGCUUACUCAGCACAUUCACUCAAUCACUCCCAGUGAACGUGUGGUGUUAUGAUGAAGGGUGAGAUCUUGAAAUGUUGGGUUUUUUUACAGUGAAAAAAAAAAAGUCUGCACUGUGGCUGAAACAUGACCUGAAACAGAGAAGGACCAAAGAAGAAUAAAUAAAAAAAAGGCAGCAAAUAAGCUGGUGUGUCUGUAGAUCUGUAAUCAGAUAUCAGGGGGGAAAUCGAUAUAAUCCUUGCGGACAUGUUCCUGACAGGAACGGGAAAAUAACUCUGUACGUCCUGCUUCCGACUGUAGUUUCUUACAGUCAUGUACUGAUAUUAAUAACCUGUGUUUAGAGCAAGCAUGAUACAAAGCCAUUCACAAGGGCACCAAAAUGAAACCAGGGACAAAGUUAUCAGGGGAAAAGGAAACACACAAACAGUGAUGGCCAACAGGAAA